AAGGGUAAAAGUGAAAUUACUCCAAGCUCCGUUAACAGAUCCAAAAACCGGCCACCACACACAGACACAAGACUAGACACACAGCGUAAUACCCAGUGUCUUCGACAUUGAGAGAGAGAGAGAGAGAGAGAGAGAGAGAGAGAGAGAGAGAGAGGGGAAUUGAAACCUGAGAUUGGGCGAAAGAAAGAUGGUGAGCAAAACGGAGGAAGCGCGAGUGGCGGUGCUGGAGAACCAGGUGGACAACGGAGGGGGAGGCGCUUGGGAGUACCUCUGUCUCGUCCGGAAGCUCAAGCUCCGGCGCUCCGACAAGGUGCUCAAGCACGGAUUGUCCAUCUUGAACGACCCUGGUAAACGAUCCAGUCUCGGCCCUGAAGAAUGGACUUUGUACGAACAGGUUGCUAUUGCAGCUAUGGACUGCCAAUGCCUUGAUGUUGCGAAGGACUGCAUAAAGGUCUUACAAAAGAGAUUUCCUGGUAGUAAAAGGGUUGGCAAGUUAGAAGCAAUGAUUCUAGAAGCAAAAGGAUCCUGGGCAGAGGCAGAAAAAGCUUACUCAAGUCUCUUGGAGGAUAAUCCAUUAGAUCAAGUAAUUCUCAAGCGGAUGGCAACUAUGGCAAAGGCACAAGGCAAUCUUUCAGGGGCCAUUGAAUUGCUAAAUAAAUAUCUUGAAAUAUAUAUGGCCGAUCAAGAUGCCUGGAGGGAACUUGGUGAAAUUUAUGUCUCAUUACAAAUGUACAAGCAAGCUGCUUUCUGCUUUGAGGAGCUAAUCUUAUCUCAACCUACGAAUCCACUGUACCACCUAGCCUAUGCGGAUGUGCUUUACACACUUGGCGGACUUGAAAACCUUCAGUCAGCUAAGAAAUAUUAUGCAUCUGCAACAGACUUGACUGGUGGCAAGAAUACCAGGGCACUUUUUGGUAUUUGCUUGUGUACACAUGCAAUUGGGCAACUGACGAAAGGUCGUAACAAGGAGGACAAAGACGGCUCAGAGUUGCAGUCUCUAGCAGCAACAGCAUUGGAAAAAGACUACAAGCGGAUAGCUCCCGCCAAGCUUUCUUCGCUUACUUCAACCUUGAAAAGCUUAAACCUAUAAUCAUAACUACUUUCCGAGAUACUGGUGGUUCUAUUUCUUAUCCCUCACCACAUUUAAAGGGGGUGAAAAUGUAGUUUAUCCAAUUUUCAGUUUUGUGAUUUUUCAAAUAACUCUCCUCUUUCGUGCCCCUUUGAAUUCAUAAUAAGAGGAUGUGAUGUAUUCUUAUGGUAGUUUGCUUCAGUUUUGUUUUCCAGGUGCAAAUUUCAGAUACUAUUUACAUUUUUGUUGCCAUAUUUCUUGUACUUUUCAUUCUUUCGUAUGCAACUUAUGAUCGUUAAGAUCUUUUCAAUCUGUAUCGGAAUUUAUGUUAUGAAACAGACCACCGAUGUUAUUUGUAUUUUCUC